CUGACUGGGCCGGGGAAGUAGGAAGAUCUCCCCACUCCCAGGAUCUCCUCCUAGGCAGACACCAAGUGUAGAAAAAAGAAAGCUUUGGCCGCGGCCCUGGGCUGCGGGCGAGGACUCUCGCGGAGCCGCCUCCUCGCGGGUCCCCCAGCCCGGGCAAGGUGGUAGAGCCCGGCGGCUACGUCACCCAUUGUUUACAAAUCAACUCCAGCCGGUAGGAUUCCGGCUCCCCUCUGCUGCAGGCGCGCGCGGCGCGAGUCUCUCGCGGGCUCCGGCUUCCGCGUCCUCCCCGGCCCCGGCUUGGGCGGCCUCAGCCCCGCACCCGGCUCCGCAGCGGCCUUCCGAGCCCCGCGGGCGGCCGAGCUGCCAGAGACUCCGGCAGAGCUCCGGGUGCCGGCGAGGGGGGCCAUGCCGUGCUGGAGGGAGGAGGAAGUGGAAGCCGGCGAGGAAGAGGAGGAGGAAGACAGCUUCCUCCUGCUGGAACAGUCGGUGACGCUGGGCGGCUCCGGCGAGGUGGACCGGCUGGUAGCCCAGAUCGGCGAGACGCUGCAGUUGGACGCGGCACAGGACCGCCCUGUGUCCCCGUGCGCGCUCCCGGGACCGCCGCUGCAGCCCCCGCGGCCGCCGGCAGCAGUGCUAGCGGAAAAGGCCCGGGCCCCAGCUCUGCCGCUGCUUCUGCCGCCCGGGUCUGCGGAGGCUAGGGGUCCCGGGCCCCUAGGGGCUCUGCGCUGCCCCUUCGGGGAUCGCGGCCGCGUGCGGAACCGGACUGCGCCCUACUUUGUGGCCGAGCUUGCCGCAGGCCCCAACGCCCUGCCUGGGCCGUGCCGGCGUGGAUGGCUUCGGAGCGCUGUCGCCUCCCGCCGCCUGCAACAGCGCCCAUGGCCCCCAGCUGGGGCGCGCGCCAACGACGACGACCCGCACCGACUCCUGCAGCAGUUGGUGCUUUCGGGGAACCUCAUCAAGGAGGCCGUGCGGAGGCUCCAGCGAGCGGUCGCAGCGGUUGCAGCCACAGGCCCCACGGGCGGCCCCGGAGCUGGGAGCAGCUGUAGCAGACCGGACCCUGUCGCUCUGCAGCCCUCCGGCGCCUUGCACUGACCCAGGGCCCUUGGAGGAGGAAGACGAAGCCGGUUCGCAGACCCAACAGCGUCCUCCCUUCUUCACCAGCCCUGAGUUGCAGCCGCGGUUGCCGUUCUGCGAGCGACCGCCUAGGCUGCAGGGAGGCGUGUGGGGAGACACUUCAAGCCUAGAAGUUACCCGCCCCGGCAAAGCGGUCGGAGAGAAACUGGAGCGAGGAGAAAUGCACCGGCCAGGGCGCGGCCGUGUCCGGUGAGAAUUUCCCCGGCCACUUCGGAGACAGGACUUGGGAUGAACUAGGAGAACUGUGGCAGCUAUUUGCAUCAACUUGUACCUGACUUAACCCUUGGGGAAGUCGUGUGCUUGGAUUGUUUAAAAAUACGGCUCCGAGAAUCGUGGGGUCUUUAUAACAAUACUUGAAAACUGAUGACACGAAUACAUUUUAUUUUCUGGUGGAGGAGCUUAGUGAAAAUGGUGCUACAAUUGCUGUGCAAAGAAAUUCCGGAGGGAAGAAGAAUGUAAAAGCUUGGUGGUGGGUGGGUUGGCAUCACCCCCCUGUUCUCCCAACUCAUCCGUGGCUGGUGGAAGUGGGAGAUGUGAAUUCCACUUGUCGGGGUGGGGAGGUGAAGAACUUUGAAGGUGGGUGGAGUUGGUUGUGGACUUUUAAAUGACUUGACCUUGCCACCUGUAAUUCAAGGUCAUAGUGUGCUGUAGGUGGAAGGCUGUGGGGUUCCUGGGAGAACUAACUCACCCUUGUGUUUUUGCUUUUGCUCGGAGAAGAGCCCUGUCUGUGCUUUGCUACCUCUUGGAGUCUCCCAAGGACACACAAGUGGAGAGGGAAGUGUGAGGAGAAUGGAUUUGUUUUUUUUCUGAGCUGUCUUUCUAACGCCUCCUCGCCCCGUGAGGCUAGUCUUGGCCAUGCCAUGAGCUUUCUCAGAAACAGGCAUAAACAAUCUUUGAGCCUCUCCUAUACUCCCAGCUGGCUUUCUUAUUCCACCCUUUCUGAUGUCUGCUUGGGGCGAAUGAGACCCUGGAUGUUUUUCUGCUCUAUUCUGGCCCUUUGGAGCCGUGGACCUGAGCCUCCAUGAGUCUUCACCCCUCAGUUUCCUCCUGCCACCACCUCUUUGUGAGUGACUGAAUUUUUUUUUUUUUUUUUUUAAAUGUGACUCUCCAAGAGGAGAAACCGCUGGCUUUACCCAAUGUAAAACUUGAUGGCGCUCUACGUAAGGUGCCACCCCCAAACUUUAAGGGAGCUAAACUAAUUUUUUAACAAGAUUCAAUGGCUUGUUCAUCCUCCAGAUGUAGCUGUUGAUGAACACUUCGCACCGGAGUGUCUGAAAUUGUGGUGGUCCUGAUUUAUAGGAUUUCUUAAUUCAAAUGUCUGCGGAAUAAAUUUGGUUUUUGUUUUGGA